AUGGAUUGCCUGCCGUUCCGCCAAUUGCUGAUCUUCUCGAUCUUCGUCGUCGCUUCAUUCGAUGGCAGCACAGCCGGCUGCAGUGGUGGCAGUGGUGGCAGGCUCCGGCUGAGAGCCAGCGAUGUGGCCCUGGCAGAGGCACAAAUUGAUCUCAGCCAGCUGAGCGAUAAGCAGCUGCGCCAGUUGCUCCAACAGCUGGCCGCUCUGCAGCCAACCAAACAGGAGCAGCUUGAGCUAGAGCUAGAGGAGCAGGACUUGCAGCAGCAGCAGCAGCAGUUGCAGCAGUAUGAGGACGAUCAUCGGGGCAGCAGUGGAGCCUGGAACAGGGUGCAGCGCAUCAUACGUCGCCAGCUGGUGCGCAUACCGAAGCGUUAUCUGAAGAAGCUGCUCCGGCAGUUCGGACUGGCGCGCAGCAACGAGGCGAGCAAUGUGAGAGCUGUGACUCGGGUGCACCAGGCCGAUGAGUACUAUCUCAUACCGCUGGAGUAG